GUUUCAGAUUUCAAAAAAAAAAUGGGAGAAAUCGAACGACCUCGAUCUCUUUCGAGAAUUACGGUACAUAGUGAUGCAGAGUAUUUGGAUGCUUAUGAUCAUGUUACAUAUAGCAACUCAUUGGAACUUUUGGAUACAAUUGCUGAAACUCAAAUCACACUGAAUCUGUUUAUGAACAACAAAUUUGAACUUGCUGAAGAGCGAAUGGCUGAGCUAUACGACAAAAGUAUGUAUCAUUCAAUGGGAUACACAUGCAUUUUAUUCAUAAAAGCUGUAAUGACAGUCAACAAACAAGAUAUGGAAAAAGCAGCAGAAGCGAGCAAAUUGUCGUGUGAAAUUAUUGAAAAGUUCAGAGAACGGAGAAGUAUAAAAGAGACAAUAUUCGGAGCAAGUGCAAAAGGGAAGAAGAUGACCGAUGAAGAAUUACAUGCAGAGCUUUGUUAUGCUCAAAGUUUAUUGAUUAGAGCAAUGCUUACAUUCUUUCAUGAUGAUAACUUUGCUAGUUUUAUCAAAGGUGCACUGAAUAUCAGAACAUGCUAUCAAACAUAUCGUUAUUGUGAGAAAUUGAUGAAUGAGCCUAGUGUAUGGGUUGGAAGAAAUAAAAAAGUACAGGAACAAUUCGAAAGUGGAACUCGAAUGGGUCUUGGUACAUUCUCAUUGAUGCUCUCAGUUCUUCCAUCAAAAGUUCUGAGACUUUUGGAAGUCGUUGGAUUCUCUGGUGAUAAGGUUGCUGGAAUGAGAGAUCUUCAUCAUGUUGCAUCUAUGACUGGUACAUUAUGUUCUCCAUUGGCAAAAAUGGUUUUGUUGACGUGGCACUUGAUAAUUUCAUUCGUUCUGGGAACAGGUCAGCCAGAUCUCGAAGUUUGUAAGCGACUUAUGCCGGGACUCACACAUUUAUGGCCUCGUGGAGCAAUCAUGCUGUUCAUGAAAGCUAGGCUUCUGCUAAUUUCUGGAGAUAUUGAAGCAGCAAUUCAUUAUUUUAACAUGUCAAUCGAAUCACAAGAUGUCUACAAACAAUUUCAUCAUGGUUGUUACUGGGAGUUACUAUUUGCUCACGGAUAUCAACGUAGAUGGUCACAUUCAGCCAACUAUGCUCGACUAUUAAUGAAAGAAUCAAAAUGGAGUCGUUGUGUUUAUACAUAUCUUCUUUGUAUCUUCUUUGCUGCAGAUGAAACUGUAGAAGAGGGAAGGAGAAAUGAGACAAUAAAUGCAUUAGCUGGAAAAGUGGAUGGUUUGAGAAUAAGAAUAGCUGGAAAGUCAAUUCCUGUUGAAAAAUAUUGUGGAAGGAAAGCCAAGCGAUUUACAACAACUAAUUCUUUGUUAUUUGCUCAUUAUGAGUUUAUUUACUUUUGGAAUGGUUUUGAUAUUUUUGGAAAAAACUCCAAAAUGGUUAGAGGAAUUGUGGAGGAUAUGGAUCGAGUAUGGGAAAUGAAAAAAUCUACAUGUGAUAUCGAUGAUUAUUGUCUCUAUUAUUUCUUGAAAGGAGUUGCACUUCGUCAUCUAAGCCUACACGCACAAGCAGAGGAAUGCUUCAAAAUUGUUUUAGAAAGGGAAUCAAGUAUCAAAAGUUUCACAUAUCUUCCACCAAAUGCUACCUAUGAACUAGCCAUGCUCCGCAUCUCAGAACAACAAUUUAUGGAAGCGCAGACGUUACUUGACAAGGCUCGUGCAUACAAAUCAUACUCUCUGGAGAACAAGUUACACUUCCGGAUACAUAGCGCAAUGGGAACAAUGGGAUGUCGAACACCGAUGAUGUAGAUGUUUUCGAAGAAUUUAUUAAAUUAACUUUUUAGUGAAAUUAUUUGUAUAUUCAAAGAAUAAAUCGAUACUAGAUCAUUUAGUGCAAGUGCUUUAUCAGCUGAUAUCAGUACAUACUACUCUUGUUUUUCAAUAAUAAAUAACCUAGAUGCACAUC